AUCCCUGCAGUCACGAAAGCUUUAAAACAAAAUGUAGCCAUCUUUGUUAGGGGUCUCGAGUGAACGCUGACGGAAACCCGACGUCACGCAGCGGCGUUAGCCAAUCAGCGCGAGCUCCGCCUUGCAAGCAGUGGGCGCCACGUGCUCACUCCGUUACCGUAUUCUCCAGACUAAAAGUUCCCGCAUUCUGCACAACGCUCGUCUCGUUGCGCUUCGGACUGCGACUUAUAAUCCGGUUUACACGACACGAUCACGUUCGGAGAAUCUAAUUGCACGCAGGAUAUCUCGCGGAGGGGCAGAUACGCGAAGAGGCGGAGACAGUCCUGCCCGCCUGAAAUCCGACACGUCCAGAAGUUUGUAAGAACUUGAUUGGACAAUCAAACCAGGAACGCGUUUGAGGACGCGUCUUACUUUCCCGAUCGUCUCCUCUAAGUCAGAGCAUACGGGCCUUUGCCGAUGUCGACGCUGGACGAGGCCGAGCUGCAGCUGUCCGAGCUGGAGAUGCUGGGGAGCAUGUUCCCGCAUGCCGGCGAGAUGACGAUCCCCGACCCGGGGCCUCCGGCGGAGCUGGCGCGCUGGGUCCAGCAUCCCGACGAGCCGCCGCCGCGGGGAUACGUCGGCUUCACCGUGCGACACCCGACCAUCGCAGGCCUGGACGCUGUGUGCCAUUUCCCUCAUCAUUACCCCACUCAACCCCCCGAAAUAUACGCCAGAGCCGACUCGAUGGGACGCGCCGAGCAGGGGAGGCUCAACGGCGAGCUGCGAGCGUUCCUGCGGGAGCACGGCGCGGGCUCGCUACGCGUGCUCGCGGUGCUGGACUGGCUCGCCGAUAACGCCCCCCAGCUCCACGCCGCGUCCGCGGCCCCGGCUCCGGUGCCCGGCGGGGAGAGUCCCCGGCCCCGCGCUGCCUUCUCACGCCUGUGGAUCUACAGCCACCACAUCUACAACAAGGACAAGCGACGGGACCUGGUGUCCUGGGCGCGGGACCUGGACCUCACGGGUUUCCUCAUGCCAGGAAAGCCGGGGCUCGUGUGCGCGGAGGGCCCCGCGGCAGCCUGCGACGAGUACUGGGCUCGGGUCCGUCGCCUGCAGUGGCAGAAGAUCGGCAUACGGCACCGCGAGGACUUCCCCCCGAUUGCCGCCGAGGUCCCGGGCGGCACCGCGGGAGAGUCGUCGCCGCUCCCUCGCUUCGAGCCGCCGUUCCGAGAGGAGGCGUUCGACGUGCACGGCACGCACAUGGACCUGGGACAGCUGCGCCGCUUCCUGGAGGCACACGGCUGCGGGGAAGCCUUCACGAUAGUGUUCGGCGUUGAGAAGAAAUAGUGCCCCGUUUUGUUUUUGUACAAUGUUGCCACGUUAGCUAUUAAACUAUUAAAAACUUUUUAUUUUAUUUUACCGCCUAAGGCCCACCGCUGAGCUGUUUGGUAUAGCUCUUUUAUAGAAGCGACCGGCGCAUCACAAAUGAUAGCUCAAUGAAGUGGGUUUAACAUCAUGUGGAAAUUCUAUAGCAGCCAAAUUACUCUAAGUACGUGCGUCUCCUGCGCCUUCCUCGACUUCUUCUCGCUGAAAAUAAUUGUCGGAUCGUUCGUCCCAUCCAAUCGAGUCGUUCACGUUUCGUUGGAACAAUGUUUUUGCCAGGCGAGAACUCGACACAUUUGCUGGACUGACCUGGGUCACCCAGAUGACAAAAGGAAAACAAUUAAGUACAGCAAUGACGCUUUAAUAUUAUCCCUGAUGUAUGAGGGAUAAUAGAAAACUCAUCUAUCUGGGCAUGUUUGAGAUGAGAUAGAUUUAUUGUUUUUUCACUGCUUUCCAAAAUAACUGCCCAUAAUCUAAAAAGUGUAUUUCCUGUUUUUAAUUCGAUGACCGUCAUCGCUGUACAGUCGGAUUCCUCCUGGUCCCAAAACCGGUCAUUAAAGAAACACUAACAUCCUUAUUA